AGUUUUAACCGCGCCUUAUAAGAGAGCAACCAUUUUCUAUUACCAUUUCCAUUUCAAUUUACCAAAAUACCAAAUCCUUCUCUCCCUCAUUUUCUCCACAAAACACAUUCACACACGCAGUCGCUCACACCUCCAAAUCUCAUCGUCUCCGUCUUCAUCCGCAUCAAUCAAAAACCCUUACCUCCAUUAUCUCUUUCUCUCGCACUCAAUUCUCGCACCUCUUCGAUCGCCGUUGCGUCUUCAUUCCGCCCAAUCCGUCUUUCGGUUCGGUUUCAAUAUAGCGAUAACCAUUUCGAUCUAUCUGGUAUUGCCGGUUUCGUUUAAUUAAUCCAUCCUUGUUUUUUUUCUCAUCUGAUUGAAUUCAAUUUCUCAGAAUCGAUUAAAAUUGAAAUGAACGGAGGAAGCAUUGGCGAAUGAAUCUCGCGGAGUUUUGAAAAAUGCCAGGAUUAGCGCAAAGGAAAGAACAAUUCACUAAUGGUUCAUCGACGCUGCCUUACUCACUUUCUGCCAAUGGAUUCUGGUCUAAGAAUUCCGACGACGUUAGCUACAAUCAGCUCCAGAAGUUCUGGAGUGAGCUGUCUUCACAGUCUCGGCAGAAACUUUUGAGGAUAGACAAACAAUCCCUUUUUGAGCAAGCUCGUAAAAAUAUGUACUGCUCCAGGUGCAAUGGGUUGCUUCUAGAAGGUUUUUUGCAGAUUGCCAUGUAUGGAAAAUCUUUGCAACAGGAAGGAGUGGAUGCUCACUUUCCUUGCAACAGACCUGGAGGUUUGAAAAAACAAAAUAAUGAUGCAUCAAGCAUUAUCAGUGGAUGUCAAGAUGAAAUUCAAGAUCCAUCUGUCCAUCCUUGGGGAGGUCUGACUACAGCACGUGAUGGUUCAUUAACACUUAUGAACUGCUACUUGUAUUCGAAGUCUCUGAAAGGACUGCAAAUUGUCUUUGAUGGGGCACGUGCAAGGGAGCGGGAAAGAGAAUUGCUUUAUCCUGAUGCCUGUGGUGGGGGAGGCCGUGGUUGGAUUAGCCAAGGAGUAGUCAGUUAUGGCAGAGGACAUGGGACAAGAGAAACAUGUGCCCUGCACACUGCCCGACUUUCGUGUGAUACUCUAGUGGAUUUUUGGUCAGCACUGGGAGAGGAGACUCGGCUUUCUCUUCUAAGAAUGAAAGAAGAAGAUUUUAUUGAGAGGCUUAUGUACAGGUUUGAUAGCAAGAGAUUUUGCAGAGAUUGUAGAAGAAAUGUUAUUCGGGAAUUCAAGGAACUAAAAGAACUAAAGCGCAUGCGCAGAGAACCUCGUUGCACCAGCUGGUUUUGUGUUGCUGAUUCAGCCUUUCAGUAUGAGGUAUCUGAUGACUCAGUUCAAGCUGAUUGGCGUCAGACAUUUGCUGAUGCUUCGGGAACCUAUCAUCACUUUGAGUGGGCUGUGGGGACAACUGAGGGAAAGAAUGACAUUUUAGAAUUUGAAAAUGUUGGAUUGAAUGGAUGUGUUCAAGCCAGUGGCCUGGAUCUUGCUGGUUUGAGUGCAUGCUUCAUCACCCUUCGAGCCUGGAGAUUAGAUGGACGCUGUACUGAACUUUCUGUUAAAGCUCAUUCAUUGAAGGGUCAACAGUGUGUACAUUGCAGGUUAAUUGUAGGAGAUGGUUAUGUUACAAUGACAAAAGGGGAAAGUAUUAGAAGAUUCUUUGAGCAUGCUGAAGAGGCAGAGGAAGAAGAGGAUGAUGAAUCAAUUGACAAAGAUGGGAAUGAGCUUGAUGGAGAAUGCUCCCGUCCCCAAAAACAUGCAAAAAGCCCCGAACUUGCUAGAGAAUUUCUCCUUGAUGCUGCUACUGUUAUUUUUAAAGAACAGGUUGAAAAGGCUUUCAGAGAAGGAACAGCACGCCAAAAUGCACACAGCAUAUUCGUUUGUCUUGCACUGAAAUUGCUGGAGGAACGAGUGCAUGUAGCAUGCAAAGAAAUCAUUACAUUAGAAAAGCAGAUGAAACUUCUUGAAGAAGAAGAAAAGGAAAAACGUGAAGAAGAAGAACGCAAGGAGAGGAGAAGGACAAAGGAAAGGGAGAAAAAACUUAGGAGGAAGGAAAGACUAAAAGGAAAAGAAAAAGAUAAAGAGAAAAGGGGUUCUGAAUCAAACGAUGUUUUUUGUUCUCCUGAAAUUUUGAAGGAAGAGCUGUCUGCAAUUGCUAAUGUGGAGCAAAAUGAUCAUGUUAGCUGCAGGAAUUCACUUACUGAAACAGAUGAAAGUAAUGUAUUGAGGGAUGAUUCACCUCACAUCCAAGAUGAUGAAUUCUCCAGUGAAUGUGGUACUUUGAAAGCACAAGACCUCUCUUAUGAUGAAUGUGAUGAAGAAAUUUCAAAUACAAAAGACGAGACAGGUCAGUCUUCAGUUGAACAAUCAACGCUUUCUUAUCGAAGACUAAGAUGUAAGAAAGAAUUUCAACUGGAUAUGCCUAUGAAGUGGUCUGACAGACGCCGAUAUGCAGUUGCUUCAGAAAAUGAUGUGAUGGUUGGCAGAUCUGAGCCAAGGUAUUAUGGAGAAAGUUUUGUGACAUCUUCCAGGGUAAUCAAUGGAUUGAAUAGGCAAUCAAGAAUAAAUGUCCCUACAAAAGCCAAUGGUCGAAAUGUUGGUUCUAAGUAUAAUGAGAAGUUCUAUAGUUCCAAGAAUCGGGCAAAUGACAGAUGUGACAUUCAUUCUUGCAGUUGUAGCUCAAAUAACGAAUAUAAGAUAAGGAUUGAGCAACAUUCUUCUACAACUAGAGUUAGUCGGGAGACAAGAGAUGAAUCUGCAGAUGCAUUGAAGCAAUUUUAUCGUGGUAGUAAGAAUAAUCAAUUAGACUAUAUGCAUGAUAGUAAUGGAAGAACCAAAAGCAAAAUCAUCAUGGGGAACUAUCCAAACAGGGAUUUGUUUCAAUCAAGGAAAGUGUGGGAGCCUAUGGAAUCUCAAAAGAAAUAUCCUCGUAGUAGUUCAGACUCUGAUGUUGUUUUGAGGUCCACUAAAGUUCAAGGAGUUCGGCCUGAUGUAAUCAAGUCAUCUAGUGGAGAAGCAGUUGAUUCAGGUGAAAAUGAUGAUGAGGAAUGUAAUUCAAAAAGCUUAAGCAGAGUGAAUGAAAGCCGUCAUAAUGAUUUUCAUGUAGAAGCUGAAGGUUCUUGUAGCUCUACAGAUAUUGCUUCUGAGGAACCUGGAAUAUGUCCAACUGGAAGCUCUGUCUUUAAUAAUUCUUCUGAUCCCUCUCAGAGUAGCACUUUUAGUUCUGAUAACUGCUCAUCAUGCUUAAGUGAGGGUGAUAAUAAUACAACCUCAUCAAUCCGCGAAAAUCCAGAAUCAUCGACCACAUCAGAUUCAGAAGAUGUUAGCCAGCAAUCUGAAUUAAGAGACAGUUCAGCUUGCUUGGAAAAUGUCUUGUCUGAUUGUCAUGAAGUUGCCACAGAGAACAAUAACCAGAAUGAAAAUGGUGAGGGAUUGGCAAGAAGUUCAAGCUCACUGAUUGGUCCGUCUUUGGAUGGUACAAGAAGUGAGGCAUUGGGGAAUCUUGCUGUUGAAAUUUCCCAAAAUUUUGAUAAUGGUUUUUCCACUGCUAAUGUGUGUUCUCAACCUCAAAGAAUACUCCCGCCCAUGUCAAACCGAAAUAUACAAUUUCCAGUGUUUCAAGUUCCUUCAUCAAUGAGUUAUUUCCAUCAAAAUCCAGUUUCAUGGCCGGCAGCUCCCACUAAUGGGUUGAUGCCCUUCCCGCAUCCAAAUCACUAUUUAUAUACUGGCCCUCUUGGAUAUGGCUUAAAUGAGGACCCGCGCUUCUGCUUGCAAUAUGGAGCCUUACAGCAACCUACGCCUUUAUUCAACCCUGCUGUUCCAGUUUAUCAGCCUGUUGCCAGAGCCAAUAUCUUAAAUGCAGAGGAACAGACUCGAGUUUCCAAGCCAGCAUCUUUGCAAGAGCAUCUUAAUGGAUCUUUCGCAGAAAGGACUGCUCCAGCAGGAGCUAUUUCCAAAAAAUCCAUGUUAAAUGGAGAAGGUAGACAUGAUAAUUCUGCCAAGUCACUAGAGAAUAACAGUGACUUUUCCUUGUUUCAUUUUGGAGGACCUGUAGCCCUUUCAACAAGUUCUAAACGGACACUUCCAUCUUCAAAUAGUGGUGCUGUUGGAGAUUUUAGCUCAGAAAGUUCAGCAGAUCACGUUGAAAAGGUCCAUGCAUGCAAUAAGAAACAGACUACCAUCAUGGAGGAAUACAACUUGUUUGCAGCAAGUAAUAACUUAAGGUUUUCAAUUUUCUAAAAUGAUAAAGUGAGAAGUAUAAGGUGGCUGUUGUGGAAUCCAGUCCCUAGCUUCACAUAUGGUAAUGCAGAUUUGAGUACCUUGUAAUUUGAUGAACAAUAAGCUUCCUUCAGCAAAUUCCAACUUAGCGUAUAGUUUUUUUUUUAUCAGUUAAUUGUUGCCUAAUUGUCUUUUAUUUUUUUUAUUUUUUGGGUGUAGGGAAAGAUUGAGAGUGGUGGUAUUUUAAUGGUCCUUUCUUUUUUCCUUGUGCGUGUGAGGUCAUAAUCACCCUAAAGUUUCAAUGAAGCAUUUGUUCUUCGUAAUUCUUUUUGUCAUACUGAAACCAAAGCAGUCUCUAUGGUGAAAGCUGUAUUGGAGUUUUUGAGUUGACAUUGUCAUUAUGAUUAAAGCAUUUGCUUGACUGAGGUUGUUAUUUUUUCUUCAGAUGGAAAGAAUACAUGCUGAAUUCAAAUUUAGUUCUUUUUCAUGUGAAUCUCACGAUUUUGUCAUGUAGAGACAUGCAAAAUUUGCAGGGACAGUGAAAUUAGAUGUGGAGAUUUUAUGUUUUAUAGUGGUUACUAAAGGAUGUAAUGAGGAGAAUGCUUGUAUGAUUUUAAUCUUGAAAAAAGGAAUUGAGAAAAGUU